AGAAGCCCGAGAUUACCCGUUUGGGUAGGAAAAUGGUUUGCCGGAUCAUAGGUUUGACGGCGUCAGAUCGCCUAGGAUAUCCAGUUACGUUCAAAAUAUCAUCACUCGAAGUCCAUGCACAAUUACAGCGAGACAAUAUUGUCUGUCGUAUGAGGAUGAGAGUAUGUAGGAGACCAUCGUAUUGAUAUCACGUGAACAGCCAUCGGUGUAGCGCCCCAUACGCGUUUAGACGCACGCGUUCCCUCGACGGAACUGUCAACCAUCAACCAUCAACCUCACGCCCGUCUCGCUGAACUUCACAAUCAACAGGCUCUCACAAUUUUGGACUGCGUAGGUGCUUGCUGGGGUUUCAUGUGUUUAAAGUCAAUUCGCGACUAUGCCAGCGGUAGGUGACCAGCACCGGCCACGGCCAGCGGGAAUGACUCCAACGAAUUUUGGCAACGCCACAACCAAUAAUCCUUUUGAGGUUUCUGAACAUCGCUUGAACCAAUAUACUGCUCAGGAAAUUGCUACUCUACAGAGUCGCCUUGAAAAAAGAUUAGGUCCGGAAUAUAUUUCCUCCAGACAAGGGCCUGGAGGGCUCAGGGUGCACUAUUUAGCUGCAGAGAAAUGCAUCAAUCUCGCGAAUGAAGUUUUUGGAUUUAACGGGUGGUCGAGUUCUAUUCAAAAUAUCCAGGUUGAUUAUGUUGACGAAAAUCCAAAUACGGGGAAAAUUAGCGUGGGAGUGGCUGUUAUUGUGAGGGUGACGUUGAAGGAUGGGGCGUUUCAUGAGGACCUUGGAUACGGGCAUAGCGAAAACUCGAAAUCGAAGGCACUAGCCUUUGAGAAAGCAAAGAAAGAAGGCACGACAGAUGCUUUGAAACGGGCUCUAAGGACUUUCGGUAAUGUUCUUGGGAAUUGUGUCUAUGACAAGGAAUACUUAAGUAGGGUGACGAAGGUCAAGGCUGCGCCGACAAAAUGGGAUGUAGGGGAUCUACAUCGCGACGCUUCCCACACUGUCGUGAAGAAGGAAACUAAUCCUACCCACAAUGAGGUUUCCAACCCACCGAACCCAGCUAGCACUGGACUUCCGCCUCGGUCGCAUAAUGCGCCGACAGCCAAAGCAGAUGAAAGUCUCGCAUUGGAUCUAGAAGGCGAAUUCGGAAGUGAUUUAUUUGAUGAGGCGGAUUUCGCGGAAUCUCACACCGAGCGCCCCGAUGAAGUGGUUGUGGAUCAGCAACAGCCUGAACCACCCCAACAGAAUCCCCGACAAGCCCAUUCUACCUCUCACGAACUUCAGAAGAACCAUCCAGGAGCCCCUAAAAAGCAUAUGAAUCAUAAUGUCACCCCAUCGAAGCCCGGAAGUUCAUGGGCUACAGACCCCCCUUCCAGGGCGCAACCUGACCUUCCACCUAUUUCCGGUGAAAGAUUAAAUAGACCCGUUCCCCCUCAACUUUCUUCAAACCAUCCCCUUGCCGCAAAUCUCAAAACCCCCACAGCCCCACGACCCCAGCCAUUGCCACAGAACACCUCAAAACCUAUCCCUCCUCAACCGCCCAAGCACACCCAAAAUCUACCCCCACCACUCCCGAGUGAUCAAGUAAAGACGAAAUCCGAAUUAACCUCGAAGGAUAGCCCAAAAGGUUCUCCAUCCAGGGCUCCGUCGCCAUUCAACCCUCAGAUUCCUGAGGACAAACGCCCACAGGAUCCUGCCGGCGGGUUUUACUCUGCUCGGGCAGCCGAUGCUCUAAGGACCAACCCUUAUGAGGCACCUAAAUCGGCACCUGCUUUUGACCCACGUUUCGACAGUCCUUCCAUCCGGAAGACAGCGGGCAUUAAUCACAAUGCGUCGGCCCCAGUUGUUCGCACCGUAAUUAGCAUUAACCCUCCGCGGUUCACAGAUAACACUGCCGGCUCCAUCCCUUCGGCUAGCCAGGUUCAGUACACUAAUCUAACCAAAACCAAUAUCCCUGAUUCGACAAAAAGAGGACCAGUUCCCCGCCCUGUGAGUGGUAGUGGUAUCGGCUUAGUACCACCUGCAGCUAGGAGUCCUAUGACGACUAGUUCAUACAGGCCACCUACACGAAUGACAAGAAGCAAUGCCGCCAAUGUUUCUGCUUCGUCGAAUACCAUCAUAGCCCCUGCUCAAGCUCAAAACGCAAACGGGAAGAGACCACCUCUUGCGGAUGUAACGAACGGUCAAGGCAGCGAAGAUUCCACUAAUGACCCCACGAAAAAAACUAGAGUUGGUAAUGGAGAGAAUAUUUCAAAUACCACUACACAACAACAGCAGCAGCAAUAGCAUCAUUAUUUGAUCUCCAUGCAUACCCAUCAUCCGGUCCGGCGUCUUCUGUUCUAUUCCAUCGGCGUUCACCGUAUGGUAUCCAUACCUUUAUAAGUGUAUUCAUUCUUUGUAUGAUAUUGAGGAGUAAGGGAUUCUUUGUUUUGUUUUGGCCCUCAACGCCCGCGAACAUAUUUAUUUUAUUUUACUUUUCAUUUGGGUAAUGGGAGGGAGAUCAUCGGACGCUGCGGAGUAGUGGAUCGGUUCUUACUUAUUACUAUCAGGUUGGUAUCAGCAAAAUGGAACAUGAAUUUUUUUCAUUUCCUAUAGUUGGUCGCUGCAGCUUCCCCUCCUUCCUCCUGUUUCUCCUCUGAUUUCCAUCCGUUGAGGGAAACCAGGUGGACCAAUAGUAGUCAUUAAUUAUUUCGAUUACAUAUCACUGAUGCACUUGUGAUAUAAAUUUUUGGCCAUAACAGAACAUACGUUUCUGGAUACCAAUACUGCCAUGGUGGCUUACAGGUUCUGAUUGCUGUAAGGCUCCUCCAACUUCGACCGUUCAUCCUGGUGAUCCAUGUCCCGUUAUAGUACUCUCGUUGGAGUCCCUGGUGAUUAACGUGGAUAUGGCCCCUAUAUUUAUUCUUAGCUGAAGAACGAAAUCUAUGCGUAUAUCAGUGAAACCUAUCAACAAACAGUUUACAUUGAUUUGAAACAAUUGAGUACCAAAGUGUACAAUGCGGAAGCUUUGUAGAAUCGGAAAUUUUUCAAAGUAAUAUUAGAGAGUCCAUAGGGACGUUUGGCUUGUGCAUUCGAACAAAUCAAAAAGUACCUCUUUUUUUGGCUGGAAAUAUUAAGGAAACGGGUUUGGUACUUUGGCGUUUUCUUUUUUAAAAAAAAGGAAGGUGAAAAGGGGCGCAGAACAAAAAAACAAAAACACAGAGAAAAGAAAAGAAAAGAAAAGAAAAGAAAAGUGCAGAGUGCAGGGCUAUUAUUACUUGCGAGAAACUAAACUGUGGGUCGCAUCUAAUAAACAACAUCGGGAAUAUUCAUGGAGAGUUCACAGAAUGAUACUCCAUGGGUGUUGCAAUACAGCCGGUGGAAGGGGGUAAUUGCAAGGGCAGAUCAUCAAUCAUGGGCAAAGAAAACGGAUAACACGCUGGGAACGCAAAUUAGGACACAGUUAUGGGUAACCGCAUCUUCAGCCAAAGUUCAUACUUCUUCCCCUCGUUCACUCUAGACUCCGUAGCUCGGCACCAAGCAUUGAUAAACCUAAUCUAGCUAGCCCAUUUAGAGCUCGCAAGGCCAGGGGACUCCUUCUGGCGCUUCGACGGCCCGCUAUUAGUUGUCGACUCCUCCAUGGUGCGUUGGGACACUGUGACUUGAUGCUUUGCCAUCUCUGCGAUAAACAUAUCAAUACCUUUUCCAUCUUUUCUUGGUCUGGGUGAUGGCCGUCCCUUGCUCGCCCCUUUGGGUGAAGUAGGUGCAUCUGCUGGUGUAGCCCAUUUGGAAUUUUCUAGUCCACUAAGUCGGGGCGGGUUAAUUGAGGAGGAUACAGAAGCUUCAGAAAUUUUGCGUGUGGCGCUCACAGUAGAAGCGUUGCGACCUUCCUGUCCUGCUGGCGGCGGGGGGUCUGUUGCUUGAAUGCUAGCAUGGGAUAUCGUCCCGGAGUAUUGCAAAGUUGCGGCUGACACUGGGAACCUGGACACAAAGGCUGGAGUGAUAGGCUUACUAGGGUCAACAGGAGCAAAGUUCCGUGCAAUGGGCUUGAUUUCACUCGGUUUAGGCGGUACCCCCAGCCCUGGAGAAGAGACGCACUGUGGGCCCUGGGGAGCAGGCUUAGGUUGGUAUGGUGCGACAGGGGAUUGUACUACUGCAGUCAUGUAGCAAAUGGGAGAGGGCGGUUCGCUGCUUUGCUCCAGGGGAUGAAUUGCAAAACUUGAUAACUGCUGUGUCGCAGUCAACAAAUGGUGAUUCCGCUGCCCAUUUAGAGGCAAAUUCCGUGGUUCAGUUGAGCGCUUACUUGUCUCAGAAGUAGAUUCCAAAUAUUGUCGAGUUAUUGCGUUGUCCGGGAUAUUAGGCGUAUCUCGCACUUGUAGUUGGUUAACAGAGGAACUAUGAUCAAACGCUACUGCACCAUGCGGCGCCGGCCUUGCUUCUCCAGUUGCAGGACCAGCAGGGGGGGUGGAAAAGUCAUGAAGGCUACUGUUUCCACUUAGUACUUUUGGCGUUUCUAGAUCUGAUUUGAUGCUCGAAGGAUUCCUUCCUGGCAAUAAAUGGUCACCGAUAAUAUCGUGUACUGAGUUAGUGAAAGUAGAUAAAGUGGGUGUAGGAAUCGGUGGUGUGUUGUUGGACAUGAGCAGAACUUCCUGGGGGCCAACAUUUGGCUUGCCAAACGACAUCGCUGUAGACCCCGAUCCAGGAAUCAGCGGAGCUACCUCCUUUUUAUCCAUGGAAACAACUGGGACCUUUGGGAUGGGCAUUUCUUGAGAGACAUUAUGCUCCUCAUUUGGCUCCUUAUGAGAAGGGUCUUCUAAUGUCAAUGCACUGAACGGGAGUACAAUAUCACUCUCCAUCUCAAUUGCUUCCGCUAUUUCGCUUUCUAAUUGCUGCUUCCGCUUUAGCAAAUAAAUUCCUAUACCUGUGAGCUCGA